AUGGCAUUGGCAGUAGGUGAACAAAUCAAGGAGCACACCUCCCUAGUCCUUAUAGGGAGUGACACAGAAGAUGAUGAGUCUGAAUUCGAGGGCCAUGUGGAAUCUGAUGAAGAACCAAGUGAGGGGGAAAUCAGUGAAGUAGAGGACAAUGACGAUGAUGAUAAGAGUGAGGAUUCAGAUGAUGGUGAUGAAUCUGAUGCUCGAAGUGAUGAUAAGUACAAGGACUGGGAUAACAGUGACUACCAGGGACCUUGGAAUAAUGAUGAAGAUGAUGAAUCUGGGUAUUACUCACCAAGAGAUCCAGGAGGGUACUCAGUGUAUGCUAUCAGCGAAGAUGACCCAAUGAUUAACCCGAUAGAUGCUAUCCAAUUGGCAAUCCCAAUCUGUAUGGAGGAAGAUGGGUCCACAUCAGACUCAGAAAGUAGUGAGGACUUCGGAGAUCACGAAAAUAUCUUUGACUAUCAUGAGAAUUCUGUGGCAGAUCUUAAAGAAAAAAUGUGUGAUAUUUAUGUGCGCUUAGACGCGAUGAAGCUCUGA